AUGGAAAGAAAGAAACAGGAGAGGAAGAAGAGGAGGAGGAAGAAUGAUGACGGUGACAUCAUCAACGAUAACGAUGACAUCAUAGCUGACAUGAUGAAGAUAAUGAACGAGGCUGCUGAGCAAGACAGGGAGCUAAAUAAGCAAAGAAAGCCUGCGAUUCGUGUCAUGUUGCAGCUACCAUACAUCAAGGCUCAACUGAAAAAGGCCGACAUGGUGAAUUCGCUUCUAGAUUCUGGGAUCUUAAGCUCGAUAACGAGCUGGCUGGCCCCUCUACCCGACCACUCCCUACCCCACCUGGAAAUCAGAGAGGCCCUGCUGAAGCAGCUGCUAGACUUCCCGCCAAUCAGCACAGAGGGUUUAAAAAUGAGUGGCCUUGGAAAAGCAGUAAUGUACCUCUUCAAACACCCUAAAGAAACGAAAAAAAACAAAGAGAUGUGCCACAAAUUAAUCACUAACUGGGCCAGACCUAUAUUCAGUCAGAAUGCAGAUUAUAAGGCCUUAUCGAAAGAGGAAAGAGAGCAGAGGGACUAUGAACAGUUACCGAAGAAGAGAAAGUUAAGUGCUGACUCUGAUCGACUUGUCGAGAAGCAGGAAGAAAAGCCCUUACGACCUGGUGACCCGGGCUACGUGUACAGGGCUAGAGUGCCUGCCCCCUCUAUCAAAGACUACGUCAUCAGGCCUAGGUGGAAUGUUGAGGAUAAACCGAGGAAUGUAUCUAGCAAGAAGCAGUUGAAUAAGUUUCAGCAACUUCAAAGGGCGUUCAACGAGAGAAAGAAAGGUUCCAAGUCGCAGGCUGCCGUAUCAGUCAGUAUUGAGGGCAGGAAUAUGGCUUUAUAA